AUGGCAGACACCAAAGCAGAUGAGAAACCGCCGGCACAGCCCAUCGAGCGCACGUACAAGGGUGAAAAGGUGCUCGAGAUUCCUCAGCAGCCCGUGCCCGUCGCCGAAGGCUACGUCGGCAACCUCACCUCGGAGCAAGAAGCCAAGCUAAAGGAAAUGUGGUUGGUCUUUUUGGAUGUGAUCGAGAAAGCACAUGGAGCAGGCACAGGAGCUCAAAAGCAGGAGCUACCUUCGGAUGAGGUCGACAAGGAUGCGGACAAGGCGAAUGCUGAUCCCAAGAAUGCUGGCAUUGCCAAGGAUGACAAGGCAAAGGAGAGGCAGCAACAAGCCGAGGAGCAAGCUGCUCUUAGCGCACUUCAGAAAGAGUAUGGACCCGAAGCGCUCAGAAGCGCAGUCUGGCAAUUCGUCAAGGGAGACCACCCCGAUUCUAGUAUGCUCAGGUUCCUGAGGGCUAGAAAGUGGGAUGUGAGCAGGGCGGUGGCGAUGCUGGCGGCAUGCAUGCACUGGAGAUUGAACAAUGACGUCGAGUCGCUGGUCGAGAUGGGAGAGCUGGGAGCAGGAGAGAAGAUGACGCACUUUUUGACCCAAAUGAGAAGCGGCAAGACGUACAGCAAUGGAAGCAGUCUCAACGAGCAGCCCAUGAUCUACAUUCACGUCAAGAUCCAUCAGCUUUGGGGUCAACCUCAGGCGCAGCUGCAAAAAUAUGUCAUCUUUGCUGUGGAGACUGCUAGACUGCUCAUGUGCCCUCCCAGCGACAAGGUGGUGCUCUUCUUCGACUUGACUGGCUUUGGACUGAAGAAUAUGGAUUUCCCGUGCGUGCUCUUCAUCGUCAAGGUCCUAUCCAGCUACUACCCAGAGUCCCUGGGCACUUUCUACAUCCACAAUGCGCCUUACAUCUUCAAGCCCAUCUGGGCUAUUCUUCGUCCUCUCUUGGAUCCUGUGGUCAGGGAGAAGGUAGUCUUCACCUCCAAGCCUCAGGAUUUCGCAAAGCACGUGCCAGCCUCUAGACUGGUCAGCAGUAUCGGAGGAGAUAUGGUCACGGAAUUCGAGUACACUGAGCCUGAUCCUCAUGAGAACGACUUGCAAAAGGAUACAGAAGAGAGGAAGAAGAGGUUCGACCACUACAUGUCGCUCGCACAGGAGUUUGAGCAUGUCACUAGGGAGUGGGCAAAAGGUGGCGCUAGCGAAGAGACGAUCAAGAAGCGCAAGCUUUUGAUCCUUCAGUUGCGCGUCGCCCAAUUCGAGUUGGAGCCCUAUACUCGCGGCAAGACCGUUGCUCACCGACAGGGUGUUCUGGAUGGGCAAGGCAAGGUGACAUGGAGGUACGAGCAGAAAGAUGGCUCUGUACAGAUUCACAUCGUGGGUAGGAGGACUUGCGCAGCUACGCUCAGAAGAGAGAUCAAGGAGAUCGAAAGCGGCACCAAUCCCGAAGAGGCUGCCAAACGAUCCGAAAAGGCUUUGGCCGAACGCGAUUGGAUCGCACUCUAUGGAGAAGAGAAGAUUGCUCGAGAGCUGGAAGGCGAUGAUGUGAAGCAGUCGGCCAGUGAGCAGCCUUCAGCGCCGGCGGCGGCGGCAACUAGCCAAGAGCCAGACAGUAAAGAAGCCGAAAAGACAGAGGCUGGCGCGGCAGAAAACAAAGAAGCUGUGAGUGCUCGUUAGUGAGGGCUUUUGAGAUCUUUUUCAGCGCGACUAACAAUGGUCUCGCUUGUCGUCUGUCUCGCUUCUGUGCAAUAGGUCGCAAGCAAUGGCAAGUCUGCAAAGAAGCCUGCUGAAACGAGCGCAGCUGCCGAGCCUGCUCAACAGGUCAAUGGCACCGAGGCUGCAGAGGCACCUUCCACCGACGAACAAGGUUCGGACAGCAAGAUCGGCACGCUGGGCAAACGAUUCAGCAAGCUCAUGGGCAAAGCUACUGCCUGA